AUGCAAUCCCCUCUUAAAACAAUUGAAAGUUUAGACUAACCAAAUGCUUACCAAAUGCCAGAUUAUGUAAAUAGUACUAAGAGUACAAGUUGCUUAGAUAUUUUGGGAACUUAGAGCGGAAUUUACAUUUAAUAAACAUUUAAGUAAUUCUAUAUGGGAUUAAACGAAUUUAAAGUAUACGGUGCUAAUCAUUUAGGAGAGGAAAUAAAAUUUAGAUAAUUAUUCAAAUGUUAUGAGUAAUCUUCAGAUUGCACAAGAUUUUGGUUAGGGUACUUUCUUUCAAUUAUUUAGUCCAUAAAUAAGGCCAUUUGAGAUGAUGGUAGAUAACUAUUAAUAUAAAAGUUUUUAUUCAAAUAUUAGUUAUCAAUAGACAUAAAAUUCUGAUCUAACUAUUUUUAAAUUUAAAAGAGAAUACUAAUGCACUUUCUGUUGUUUUAAUAGGUAUUUAUAUAUAUAAAUGUUAGGCCUCGUCUUGAGGUUCAUUAUGUAGAAAAUGGUUAAAACAUAUUUUUAGGAUACAUUAGUGAUCCUGUUUAUUGUUGCUAAAUUGGAAGCAAUAUUUUUAAUUCUAAUGGCGAUUUGAUAUUUAAAAUAGAAGCAAAUACUUGCCAAAGUUAUUUUUGGUUAAGGUGUCCAUGCAGUGUGGAAUGUAAUAAAAUUAAUUUUUAAAUCAAACUUCCAACAGGAUAAGUGGGUAAAAUAUAUAUAAAUUAAUAUUAUAGUUGCUCCUAUAUAAAAGUAGAUUAAAACUUGUCUUAAUAGUUAAUAAAAUAGAUAUUCUGAUAAUAUAAAUAUUCUUUUCCCUAAGUAAGCAUCAAAAGAAGAUAAAGCUUUAAUACUAGCUGCCACAAUUAUGAUUGAAUUCAUGUAUUUUGAAAAGGAUAUCGUUUGA